AUGAACCACAGCACUGUGACUGAGUUCAUAAUUGUGGGUCUUUCUAGAAACUCUGAAGUCCAAAAAGUUCUCUUUGUUCUGUUUUUCUGCAUCUACCUUGUGGCUUUUCUUGGAAAUUUGCUCAUUGUGAUUGCCAUAAUUUAUAACACCACUUUACAUACUCCCAUGUAUGUUCUCCUUCUGGUGUUGGCUAUCGUGGAUAUCAUCUGUACAACAAGCAUUGUACCCAAGAUGCUGUGGAUGAUGCUUACGUCUAAGAGGACCAUCUCCUAUGGGGGAUGCAUGGCCCAGCUCUUCUUCUUCACAUGGUCUCUUGGAGCAGAGAUGGUGCUUUUCACAACCAUGGCUUAUGACCGCUAUGUGGCCAUCUGUUUUCCUCUUCGUUAUAGCACUAUUAUGAACCCUUAUAUGUGUGUGGCCUUGCUUAGCAUUGUAAUGGCUAUUGCAGUAACCAAUUCCUGGGUACACACUGGUCUCAUUCUGAAGCUUACAUUCUGUGGACCCAAUAACAUUGACCACUUCUUCUGUGAGAUCCCUCCAUUGCUUGCUUUGUCUUGCAGCCCUGUGAGGGUCAAUGAGGUGAUGGUUUAUGUUGCUGACAUUACCCUUGCCAUAGGUGACUUCACACUCACAGGUAUCUCCUAUGGCUUUAUCAUCGCUGCUAUUCUACGAAUCCGUACCACAGAAGGCAAGAAGAAGGCCUUUUCUACGUGCUCAUCCCACCUCAUUGUGGUUUCACUAUAUUAUUCCCCUGUAAUUUACACCUAUAUUCGCCCUGCUUCUAGCUACACAUUUGACAAGGACAAAGUGGUAGCUGUUCUCUAUACUCUUGUGACCCCCACAUUAAACCCAAUUGUAUAUAGUUUCAGGAACAAGGAGAUGCAAGCAGGGAUUAGGAAAGUGUUUGCCUCUCUGAAGCAUUAA